CUCGAAACUGGGAACCAUAGGUCCAUAGCAAACGGAAACCAUAGACCCAUUUUGAAACCGUGGAAUUUUCGCGGGGGCAUAACGGCGUUUUCUGAACAAAGAAAAUAACGACGACUUUACAGUCAAUAUUCUACAAUUUACACUAAUUCAAACCUAUCGAAAGAAGGAGAAUAAACAUACCCGUCGCAUCUCCAUUAAUCGCGCGAAACAUACGCUUUCCUUUAUGUAAGGGAGAAAGAAAAAACUCAGAACUCCAUAGAUCUUUUUAAAAAUGGCUAUGGCUGGAUUCUACCGCCGACUCCUCCCUUCUCCUCCUGCUAUCGAUUUUGCGUCCCCUGAAGGGAAGCAACUUUUCGUUGAAGCCAUUCAGAACGGAACCAUGGAAGGUUUCUAUAGGUUGAUUUCUUAUUUUCAGACGCAGUCAGAACCUGCAUAUUGUGGUUUGGCUAGCCUUUCUAUGGUCUUGAAUUCCCUUGCCAUUGAUCCUGGAAGAAAAUGGAAAGGACCUUGGAGGUGGUUUGAUGAAUCCAUGUUAGAUUGCUGUGAACCAUUAGAAAAGGUUAAAGCUAAAGGCAUCUCAUUUGGGAAGGUUGUGUGUUUGGCUCACUGCGCUGGGGCAAAAGUUGAAGCAUACCGUACAAAUCACUGCAACAUUGAUGACUUCCGUAAGCAUCUAGUGAGAUGUUCCACUUCUGAUGAUUGUCAUAUGAUAUCAUCAUAUCAUAGAGGAACUUUUAAACAGACAGGAACUGGCCAUUUUUCACCUAUUGGUGGUUAUCAUGCUGAAAGGGACAUGGCAUUGAUUUUGGAUGUUGCACGAUUUAAGUAUCCACCGCAUUGGGUUCCAUUAACUCUUCUUUGGGAAGCCAUGGAUAGUAUUGAUGAGGCAACUGGGCAACACAGAGGGUUCAUGCUUAUAUCGAGGCCGCAUACAGAGCCUGGAAUGCUUUAUACCUUGAGCUGUAGGCACGAGAGUUGGCUUGGCAUUGCAAAGUAUUUGGUGGAUGAUGUUCCUCUUCUCUUAAAGUCAGAAGAUCUGAAAGAUGUUCAUGCAUUGCUCUCUGUCAUUUUCUCGUCACUCCCAUCAGAUUUUGGUGAAUUUAUUAAGUGGGUUGCAGAAGUGAGGAGACAAGAUGAUGGUGGCAAAAGUCUAAGCCAAGAGGAGAAAGGAAGGCUUGCUGUGAAGGGAGAGGUGCUAAAACAGGUGCAGGAGACUGGACUUUUUAAACAUGUGGCAGAAUUUCUGUAUUCAGCAAACUCAUGUUGCAAAAACAUGCCAAUUGUUAGUCAAAAAGAUGAUCUUCCUCAAAUUGCUGCAAGUGUUUGUUGCCAAGGGGCAGAGAUUUUGGCAGGAAAGUCCAGUUCUUCUGGAGGUUACUGUUGUAGGGAAACAUGUGUGAAAUGCUUGGAGGCCACUGAAGAGAAGUCUGUUACUUUGGUGUCUGGUACGGUUGUAAAUGGUAGGAGUGAGCAGGGGCUAGAUGUGUUGGUUCCUUCAUCCCAAACAAAACCAAGCUGCUGUGGCCAUGGUCCAAGUAGUUGCAUUAGGAUGUAUCCAGCUGGCAAUGAUGUAAUAACAGCUCUUCUACUGGCUUUGCCUCCUAAAACAUGGUCAGGUAUCAAAGAAGGGAAACUUUCACAAGAAAUAGCGAGUCUUGUUUCAACUCAGAAUCUUCCAGUUUUGCUUCAGGAAGAGGUAUUGCAUUUACGCCGUCAACUCUAUCUUCUUAAAAGAUGUCAAGAGAAUAAGGUAGAAGAGGAUCUUGGUUCACCCCUUACCUAGGACCUAGAUACUUUCCUUGCAAAUUCACCUACUUUGUAAGCUAGGAUUCAAUUAUUAUUUAUUCAUGAUAUGAGACUUUGUAAAAUUAUGACUACCGCAAAAGGUUCGUACUCCCUCUCUAGGUCAUAAGCCAUAAAGUAACUGGAUCUAUCCCUGAAACUGAACUAUUUUUUUGAAGAUGCUCGAUGUAUCUUCAAGGGUCCGAGGGACCCGCUUAUGGUAAAGAACCAACAAGUGUUCUUCAGGAGAUUUGCUGUGUUCCUGUUCAGAACUGAACCAGUGCAUCAGUUAACUGAAUAUUGUAUCUGGUUCUUCUUUAAUCUUUCUUAUGGUUGGUGCAAGCUUCAUCUAUUUUGUACAGUUUUUGAGUUCAUAUUUUUUAAUGGAUUGUCAAUUGUGGACUA